UGCAGCAGAUACAGAAGAGACAGGAGACACCAGCGUUUCGUUGUUGGCGCAGAAGAACCCGAGAGCCACCGACACUUGUUCCCAAACACACUAUUUCUUAUUUAUUUCUUAUUUAUUUUCUUGCUGGGGCGUCAGUUUUUUUUUUUGACAGCUUGGAAUAUGGUGGGGGAAAUGGAAACGAAAGAGAAGCCGAAGCCGAGCCCAGACUAUCUCAUGCAGCUCAUGAACGACAAGAAGCUGAUGAGCAGUCUGCCCAACUUCUGCGGCAUCUUCAACCACCUCGAACGCCUCCUGGAUGAAGAGAUCAGCAGGGUACGGAAGGACAUGUACAACGACACAUUAAACGGCAGCACAGAGAAAAGGAGCUCGGAGCUUCCAGACGCCGUGGGUCCUAUUGUUCAACUCCAGGAAAAGCUUUAUGUGCCUGUUAAAGAGUACCCUGACUUUAAUUUUGUGGGAAGGAUCCUUGGUCCACGGGGGCUUACAGCCAAGCAGCUGGAGGCUGAGACAGGCUGCAAGAUCAUGGUGAGAGGCAAAGGCUCUAUGAGAGACAAGAAAAAGGAGGAGCAGAAUCGAGGAAAGCCCAACUGGGAGCACCUGAACGAGGACCUGCACGUCCUGAUUACAGUCGAGGAUGCUCAGAAUCGUGCUGAGAUCAAACUCAAACGCGCCGUAGAGGAGGUCAACAAGCUGCUGGUGCCUGCGGCUGAGGGAGAGGAUAGUCUGAAAAAGAUGCAGCUGAUGGAGCUGGCCAUUCUGAACGGUACCUACAGGGAUGCCAACAUCAAAUCACCUACCCUUGCCUUCUCUCUUGCAGCGAGUGCUCAGGCUCCCCGAAUCAUCAGCGGCCCGGCGCCCAUGCUGCCCCCGACGGCCCUGCGCACUCCAGCACCUGCUGGCCCCACCAUCAUGCCCCUCAUUCGCCAGAUCCAGACCAUCAUGCCCAACGGAUCAGCCCACGCCCACGCCGCCACCUUGGUGCCACCUGGGCCGGAGUCGGCCGGCCUGAUUUACGCCACACCAUACGAUUAUCCGUACACGCUGGCGCCGGCUACAUCCAUCCUCGAGUACCCGAUCGACUCCAGUGGCGUGUUAGCAUCCUCAAAGGCCGAAGAGCUGCCGCUCUACCUGGGCUUUCAGACCUGUCACUUUCCCAUCACUGUGCAGCGAGCAGAGCCAGCUGGCCGACCUCCCUUUUAAAGCAGACACAUUCCUUUGUAACCGUUUCCAAACACCCUACACACCCCCUUCAACACCCGUAUCCCCUCCAAACACUCGUCUUAGUGGACUGAUCAGACCACGGCCUCCUCUCCCGGGAGCGUUUUGCUCCCCAGCCUGUCUUACUGUUUGUGUCUACAGUGACUUGUGUUCAUUUCUUUUGUCUUUUUGUUCUAUUUUGUUUUUUUAUUUUGUUUGUUUAAAUGACUGUGAUGUGUUGAAACUGUGUGUACCAUAAUGAGGGAGAAAAAGCACUGAGCCCCAAACUGCUGCAAACCCUCCCUGGAUGCUCCUUCUCUUUGUGUGGAGGGUGCAUCAGGAGAGGUAACACGAGGAUGGUGAGGGGACAGUGGGGGUCAAACAGCUGACUCCUCAUGGUGUGGUGGGGUUAUGUGUUUAAGUCAAGCUCAAAACAUAGCCGUGGUAGGGCAGUUUGAUGGGAAUUUUAUACAUUUAUUUUCAUUUGCAUGUGCUCAGGCAAACAGUAACCAAGUCCUAUGGCUUAAACUGUGGUUAUACUUGCUGCAUGCUGACUUAUAGGUGUAUGCACCAACAUAAGCACGUGCUAUGCAAGCAGCUUCAGUCAUAUACCUUCUGCCUUGAUUUAUAAGCUGUUUCCAGUAAAAGGUUGCCAGAGCCAAAACAUUACAAAUGGCAUGGUUACAGCUGUGUUAUAAAUUGCAAAAUACGAAUAUGCAAUUAAAUAGUAUGCAAAUUGCAGCAUAGCAAUUUCCACCG